AUGGCUCUGCAGAGGACCCAUUCAUUGCUUCUGCUUUUGCUGCUCACCCUGCUGGGGCUGGGGCUGGUCCAGCCCUCCUAUGGCCAGGAUGGCAUGUACCAGCGAUUCCUGCGGCAACACGUGCACCCUGAGGAGACAGGUGGCAAUGAUCGCUACUGCAACUUGAUGAUGCAAAGACGGAAGAUGACUUUGUAUCACUGCAAGCGCUUCAACACCUUCAUCCAUGAAGAUAUCUGGAACAUUCGUAGUAUCUGCAGCACCACCAAUAUCCAGUGCAAGAACGGCAAGAUGAACUGCCACGAGGGUGUUGUGAAAGUCACAGACUGCCGGGACACAGGAAGUUCCAGGGCACCCAACUGCAGAUAUCGGGCCAUGGCGAGCACUAGACGUGUUGUCAUUGCCUGUGAGGGGAACCCACAGGUGCCUGUGCACUUUGACGGUUAGAUGCCACCGUGUAGGGAUUAUCGCGAGUGGUUGACCUUACACUUACUCCUUAAAUAGCAGUGAGUAAUGCAUUUGAGCUGUCCCAGGCUCUGUCUCCUCAGCUCAUUUCUUACUCUUUUUCUGUAUAUAACUCAUUCUAUUAAAUACAUUGCAUCAAAGAGAAAUGGAGACAUAAACCUAUAAUGAAUGAGGCUGGGCUUUUCUGUAAUAAGCUUCCUUUUAUAAUACUGGUCAGCUUAGCUCUCUCAGAUCCUAUCCUGUGGAAUUUAGUUAUUAUGUGUAUUUAUGUAGUAUUUCAAACAUUUCAAAAUGCUUUCAUCUAUGUUUAUCACAUUUUAAUACCACAGCACUUAUAAUGAUGUCAUUACAUAUAGAAGCUCAAAGUUAAGGGAUUUGCUGAAGACUAUAAAGUUAAUGGAAGAAUUGAGACAAAAAUCCAGUGUAGCUGGCCACUUAUCCAGGGCUUUUCCUACUUCAUCACAAGGAAUGUUUUGAAAGUGCCUGCUUUUUUUAUCCUUAAAAUUCAUCUGUCGGGGGAGGCAUUAAAAAUUUGGAAAUGUAUGCUAGCAAAAUGUGAGCUCUGUAUUUUAUGGCAUUCUUAUGUUUGGGUUGAAUAAGAUUAAGAAAAUGAUACUGGGAAUUUUCUUUUUCCUGAACCUUUGAAUCACCAUAGUAAGUCAAAGUAUUAAAAAAGGUACUAGAUCAUUAAGACUUAUGUGCUCUUACUGACUGAAAGAUUUUUUAUGUUUUCCUUGUAAUAAAGGACUUAAACCAAAGGUACCUGA